AUGGCCACUUGCUUUGAUGUGAUCCGGUCGCUCUUUGGAGGUGAGAGCAAACUCCGAAGGGAGGCGCUGAUCUAUACACAGGACAAAGCUUGCGCUUGUGCAUGCGCCAUUUGGGAGGACACUGGGUCAUUAUAUGUGGAGGCAGCUUCUGCCGAGGACUGCGCUCCAAGGCCGCCCCUGGCAUCCACAGCGUUGCCUGCCUCUGAGGGAGAAGAACAGUCAAGUUCUCUUGAAGAUACGAACAAGGACCGAUUGGAGGAGCCAGCUGAUUUCAGCAAGCGAGCUCCCAGGCUUUCCACGGCAUCAACGGCAUGCCCUUCGGAGUUCGGCCUAGACGAGGUAGAGACUCGCGACACGAUUAACUUGCCGGAGGCUCCAUCGUGGAUGAGAGUCUUCGCCGCAGUGGGUGAGUUUCCAGAUACGCUGACCAGUUACCUUUCAGUACAUUCCUAUGCUUCGCUUCGUGUUACAUGCAGAGACUCCCAGGAUUGCAUGCGCACGAAGGUGCUGGUAGGCCAUUUGCUGAGGUUGGCGGAGUGUUCUUGGCCCAUGCUCUUCAUGUCUGGAAACGGGAAUGAGAUGAAUGAGACGGUUGGCGCAGAAGGCUUCUGGCAAAGGAUGGGGGGCGACGAUCAGUCAGCAGGCAUCCGUUCCUUCAUCAAAGGCCUCAACGUUUGGUACAAAGCAUGGCCUGCAUCUGCCAUCCUUCUUGCUCGGAGGUUGAGGUGUCAUUGUUCACAUCCACACGAGACCAUUGCAAAGAAUGCCCAGCGAACUUUGGUUUUCUGGGCUGGACAAUGCUUUCAGACAGCAAAGGCCAAAGCAGUCCGGCACCUCCUUAUCAAGGAUAUGAUAUACUGGCUUCGCCAUGCAGAUGAUGGAAUUCGUGUUGAGAUUUGUCUGGCUUUUGCCAUCCGUGGCCCACAUCUACUUGGGAGGUUCAGGGAGGCUUGCGUGCAGGCUUUGUUGGAGGCUUGUGGGCCCAAUGACGCAUGCCGAAAAGCAGCAGUCAAAGCCCUGCGCGCUUUUGCGGAAGCAGACCUGGAGUGGUACCUGACACUUCGUCCCCGCCUCAUCGAAGUUUGGAUCGCCGGGCAACAAGGAUCUGCCUGUGACAUCCUUCAUAUGAUCGGCGAUAUGGAUGCAGACCGAUCGAUACUUGCAAUGCGUGCAGUCUGGCAGAGCUGCAAGGACAUCGCGAGUAGCAUCUUUGAAAAGAGCAAGGACACCUUCCUUGUGGACCCCUUCAGAGCAUGCUCCGCGACAGGAUCUGGGUUUCCAUGCACGUAG